AUGCAAAAUUAUUUGCAAAACAGAUCUUAUUAAAAUAGUAAUUUAAACAAAAUUUUAUCAAAGAAGAAUAACUAGAGCAACAAUAUAGAUGGAGCUAAGGAAGAUCUUUCUUAAAAAGUUUAAAGUGACAGCACUUUUUACUCUCCUGUGAAAUAUUUUUCUAACAAUUUAAAAACUAAUAAUUCAAAGAUUGAAUUCGAAGACAUUUCGCCUUGGCAAACUAAUUGUGAGGAUGUUUUAAACAGUACAGAUUUAGACUUUCGCAAAAAUAAAUAAAUGAAGAAUAGAGAUAAAAAAUCUAACCUGUAAAAUUAAAAUUAGGAUUGUUGCAACUCAAGCAAUAAUAAACCGUUUCCUUCUUAAGAUAAUCUUAUAACAAAUAAUAAUGUAGAAAAUAGCACAUCUUAUAUUUCUAAGACAUUUUAUUUAUAAGAUUUAAAAUAAAGCAAACAACCUAAACUUUAAUCCCAAUAAAAAAAGAAACAAGAUGUUAAAGUAAAUGAUGAGAAUAUUCAGCUCUAGAAUGAUAAUAAAAGUUUUACUAAAUCGAUAUCUAAACCUGUAAAUAAAAUAAAAGAAGAUUUUAACAGUCAGCUAUCACUUAGCUAAUUAGAAAUAGAAUAGUAAAAUAAGCUUUUGUAAUAGAUCAGAAGAUAAAGAGAACUAUAUAUUUAAUAAAUGUAAAAAACUAAACAAUUACCUUUGGAAAUAUCAAAAACAGAUGUAACCACUACACCAAAAAGAGAGUUUCUAUAAAGUGAAAAUCUUAGUUUUGGUCAUAGAAAGAAAAAUUCAUUAAGCAGCUAAAAUAAAAGCAAUAAUAUUUAAAUUACUCUAUCUACUAAUAACGAAAUAUAAUAGUAAUAGUCUCUCUAUAACCACGAACAUAUUUGCACUGGAGAAAAUAAAUAAGAUUGUGAACAAGAUAACAAUUUAAAUGAGCAAAAAUAAAUUUUUAAAGAUGAAAGCAUUACAUCUAAAAAUAAAAAUAAAAUUCUUAGCAUCCUCGAUAAUGCUCUAAAUAACCAAAAAAUGGCUCAUUAAAAUAAACAAUAGUAAGAUUGUACUUAAAAAAAUAUAUUUAACUUAUCUUAAAAAGCCUCAUAAAUAUAAAAAAAUUUAGAAUAGCAUGGCAAUAAUAAAUUAAAACCAAAUUAAUAACAGCAAUAAGAAUCUCAUAAUGCCAAAAAUAUAUAGAAUACUCAUUAAAUAUAUAACCUUUAAAUACCUCAACAAGAUUAAAGUCUUCUCUAAAUAAGAAGACAAUCGUACACUCAAGAUCCAAGUUAAUGUUUACAUUAGCAAAAUUAAAAAUUAUCUAAAGAAAUUGAAGAAACUAGUUAUAAUAAGCUUGAUAAUAAUGAAUGUUAAAAUAUUACUACAGAUGCUAAUUAAUUGGGACAAAGAAACUAUGUUUUUGAUGUAAGUCCAUAGAUGUAAAGCAAUAUUCUAAAAAUGAAUAAAAGAGAUAAUUUACAAAGCUACUUACUAAACCAGCAAAAAACAGGAUAAAUUUCUAAUUUGAUUUAAUUUUAGCAAGAAUCUAGUAACCUAAAUAAUAGCGAAAUUUAUAGCAGGUCAACAGUAAACCCAUAAAAAAGUAUUUAUGAAAACGUUAUACAAUAAAUAGAAAAUCUUAAAUACUCUGCAAAAAAGUAGGAUAAGAAAUCAUUAAGUUUUAUCUAUAAUGAUAAUUCAAAAAGAAUGUCAACUUAUGAAGAUAAAUAGCAAACGCCAGAAUAACAAAGCCAAGAAUAAUAAGUUUAGUCAGAUAAUAAUUAACUCUAAAAUAAAAAAAAUAUGUCUCUUCUUCUUCCACUUUUUAAAGGAACAAAGAAUAAAGAGUAUAAAAGAAUAAUAAAGAAAUUAUAUAAGGUUAAGAAUGUUUCCCCAUCAUAAACACGAAGAAAUACUGAAUUUAACAAUGUUACAGAAGACUAUUCUUUCAACAGUCAUUUUUAGAAUAUUGAUAACAAUGUCACUUAAUAGUAUGAAAACUAUGGUUAAACAUAUACAGAAUAGUUUUCCCCUAAGCAAAGCCUAUUUCCUCCAAUCCAAAAAGAAAUAAUCCCAAAAGAUAGAAAAAGUAAUUCCCUUUUGCCUGAUUGUUAUAACUCAUUUGCUCAACCUCGUAUGAUUCAAUAUAAUAGAUAAAACAAAAAAAAUAGCAUUAUACCAUAUAAAAUGAUGUCUUCUUAUUCAAUACUAGAUGAAAAUCUAGUAAACAUGAUUAAAACUAAUUAAGAAAAAUUGAUAAAUGAUCGAGAAUCUUUUAUGCUAGAAGAUAAGUAAAAGAUUGACUUUAUUGAGGAUCACUCAAGAAGCAAUAUAUAAAAAAUGUAAGAUAAAAGCAUACAUGAUUCUUCAAUAACACCAAAAAGAAAAGUCUCAGAAAAUUUAAAACCUCUACCAUAAUAAAUAAAUUAAAAUUAGAAUAAACAAUAGAAUGUAUAGUUUUAAAAGCAAACUGAAAUAUCAACUAAAAAGCAAAAAGAGUUGAUUUCUUAAUAUAAACCAUCAUAGCUGCUAUCAUCAAUUUCAAAUUACUAGACUCAAUAAAUAAACAUAACAAAUCUAUCUCAUUCAAAAAUAUAUUGA